GAUUGCUAAAGCCUUCGUCUUCAACCUUUUUCCUCUUUCGCGAUGUGGGCUUCCGUAGUUACCAACUGCGGCAUCAAAAUUCUGCGCUGCCGUCCCCUUUGGCUUCCACGUGUCCUCAUUACUCCAAUUCCCCUCCCCAUCUCUCCUUCUCUACUCUCCAUGGAUAGAAGCAAUACCACAUCCUCUUCUUCUUUUGCCCAUUCCAGCAAAAGUGGUGGAAGAGGAAGAGAUUUGGAUUUGAGGAAUGAUAGAGAAAGAACGAGAGGGCGUGGUGGAGGAGGCGGUGGCUCUGGUAAAGAUAAAAUUGACGCUCUUGGUAGACUCUUGACACGAGUCUUGCGUCAUAUGGCUUCUGAGUUAAACUUGAAUAUGAGGAGCGAUGGAUAUGUCAAGGUUGAGGAUUUGCUAAAGUUGAAUUUGAAAACAUUUGCUAAUAUUCCACUGAGAUCGCACACAAUUGAUGACAUAAGGGAGGCUGUUAGGAAGGAUAAUAAGCAGCGUUUCAGCUUCCUGGAUGAGAAUGGAGAGCUCUUAAUUCGAGCAAACCAAGGCCAUACAGUCACGGCGGUUGAAACAGAAAGCUUAUUAAAACCAAUUCUUUCGGCUGAGGAGGUGCCAGUAUGUGUACACGGUACUUACAAGAAGAAUUUGGAAUCAAUUCUGGAUUCUGGUUUGAAACGCAUGAAAAGAUUGCAUGUUCACUUCUCAUGUGGUUUGCCAACAGAUGGGGAGGUUAUCAGUGGCAUGAGACGAGAUGUAAAUGUUUUAAUCUUUCUUGAUGUUCAAAAAGCUCUUGAAGAUGGAAUGAAGCUUUACAUUUCGGACAAUCGGGUCAUUCUGACUGAAGGUUUCGAUGGGGUGGUGCCGAUGAAAUACUUCCAAAAAAUUGAGUCAUGGCCGAACCGACAACCUGUUCCAUUUUGAGCCUGGAUCAAAUGAUAAUCGUUCUGUGCUAUCUUGAAUGGUUAAACGACACAAGUUUCAUUUGGAUUUGGAACUUGGGAAAUCUUUGCAUUAAACUUGGCUGCAAACACAACAGAAGUCUUUCAUAUGAACUUCUUGGAGAAUCAUUCGUGAAGAUUUGGCAACAAUUAAAAUUUCUUGGUGCUUGCCUCAUUGGAGACUGAUCUGAGAACUUACGUUUUGGUUUGUCUCGGUCAAUUAUUUACUAACGAUUCUUAUGUAUACAAAAAACAUAUAAAGAGGACUUGUUUUGUUUAUAUAUUAUCAAGUCUUGAUAAUCGAGUGUUUGGUCCAUCAAUUUCAUUUGUUGGUAUUAAAUGAAAUUUGUCCA